AAAGCCACGCGUUGUUUUCCACGAGCUGUUUAUUGUCGUCCGAAGCUUCGGAGGUGUCGGACCGGUCCGGCAGGUUUGAGCGGCAAGUGAGGCAGCGGCGUGCGGGGGGGCUAGCAGAAGAAGGGCGGUGGAGGCCGCCGGAGCUCUCUCUACAAGCAGGAAGAAGAGGAAAACAUGGUGCGGUGAAUAAACUCGCCCAAAACACCAAGCGAGAAUAAGGAUCUUUUUCAUAUCAAUCUGUGGAGGACGCCAGAGAUAUCUGAGGCGCCAAGAUGAGUCGGCAGCGGGCGGACUCCCAGGGGUCCCUGGGGCCCGACGAUGAGGUUAUGCCGUACAGUGACGAUGAAACGGAUGACGAAUUAGCAGUGAGCUCUGAAGGAGAAGCAGAAGAACCUCCAGGAGUGCCGCACCCUCCGGUAGAAGCUAAACCCAGCGAGAUGGGUUGGAAGGUGAAAGCCAACGAUCGACCUUACCACCACCUGCCAGAGUUCCAGAAAAAAGUCUUCCUUUGCAUCAAGAAGAGCAGAUACUCUGGAAACGCCAUCAAGACGUACAAAUACAACGUCCUCACCUUCCUCCCCCUGAAUCUGUAUGAGCAGUUUAAGAGAGCUGCCAACCUCUAUUUCCUGGCUCUGCUCAUCCUACAGAUUAUUCCAGACAUUAGCACUCUGCCCUGGUACACGACACUGAUUCCACUGGUUGUGGUGCUGGGAAUCACAGCCAUUAAAGACCUGGUGGACGAUCUGGCGCGACACAGGAUGGACAAGGAGAUCAACAACAGGAAGUGUGAGGUCCUACUGGACGGCAGGUUUCAAGAGUCAAAGUGGAGGAACAUUGAGGUCGGAGAUGUGGUUCGUCUGAAGAAGAACGACUUUAUUCCGGCUGACAUCCUGCUGUUAUCCAGUUCCAACCCAAACAGCCUGUGUUAUGUAGAAACAGCCGAACUUGACGGAGAGACCAACCUGAAGUUUAAGAUGGGACUUAGAGUGACUGAUGAGAGGCUGCAGGAGGAACGUCAACUGGCCGAGUUUGAUGCUCUGAUUGAAUGCGAGGAGCCGAACAACCGUCUGGACAAGUUCAUGGGGACGAUGCUGUGGCAGAGGGAGCGCUACCCUCUGGACCUGGACAACAUGCUGCUCCGAGGCUGCAAAGUGAGAAACACAGAGGAGUGUCAUGGGCUGGUCAUCUUUGCAGGUGCCGACACCAAAAUCAUGAGGAAUGGCGGGAAGACGAGGUUCAAGCGAACCAAAAUUGACGAGCUGAUGAACUACAUGGUUUACACAAUCUUUGUGCUGCUGAUCCUGGUGGCAGCAGGUCUGGCCAUCGGUCACACUUUCUGGUACGAGGAGAUUGGCUCUAAGGCCUGGUAUCUGUACGACGCCAAAGGCCAGGACGCCUCCUACAGGGGCUUCCUCAGCUUCUGGGGAUACAUCAUCGUCCUCAACACCAUGGUGCCCAUCUCACUAUAUGUCAGUGUGGAGGUGAUUCGUCUCGGCCAGAGUAAAUUCAUCAACUGGGACCUACAGAUGUAUUUCGCAGAGAAAGACACUCCAGCGAAGGCUCGAACCACCACCCUGAACGAGCAGCUCGGUCAGAUUGAGUACAUCUUCUCCGACAAGACGGGAACCCUGACGCAGAACAUCAUGGCGUUCAAGAAGUGCACCAUCGCUGGACGCAGUUAUGGCACUCCAACCACUGCUGAAGGAGUGACGCUGGACAGAGGACGGCCGGUGGACUGGAGCUGGAACCGCCACGCCGACAGGAAGUUCCAGUUCAUGGAUCAUUCCCUGGUCGCCUGCGUCCGAUCCAGGAAGGACAAAGAUGCCACAGAGUUCUUCAAACUCCUCUCACUCUGCCACACCGUCAUGGUGGAGCACAAAGACGGUGAUCUGGUGUACCAGGCAGCGUCUCCCGAUGAGGGAGCCUUGGUGACGGCAGCAAGGAACUUCGGCUAUGUCUUCCUGUCUCGCACCCAGGACACCAUCACCAUCAAGGAGAUGGACCAGGAGUCAACGUACGAGAUGUUGGCGCUGCUUGACUUCAACUCCGACCGCAAGCGCAUGUCUAUCAUCUUGAAGUUUCCUGAUGGGCGUAUUCGUCUCUACUGUAAAGGAGCAGAUACAGUCAUCUACGAACGACUCUCCCCCAACUCCAGACACAAGGAGACAACCCAGGAUGCUCUGGAUAUCUUUGCCAACGAGACCUUGCGGACGCUGUGCUUGUGCUAUAAAGACAUCAGCACAGACGAGUUUGAAGCCUGGUCCAGGAAACACAAAGACGCCCAGGUGGCCAUGAGUGACCGAGACGCCGCCCUCGACCGCGUGUACGAGGAAAUUGAGAACAACCUCAUGCUGAUUGGGGCAACGGCCAUCGAGGACAAACUGCAGGACGGAGUGCCAGAGACCAUCGCCAAACUGGCCAAAGCUGACAUCAAGAUCUGGGUCCUGACUGGAGAUAAGAAAGAAACGGCAGAGAACAUCGGAUAUUCCUGCUCACUUCUGUCAGACGACAUGCAGAUCCACUACGGAGAAGACGUCAAUGAGAAGCUGAGGAUUCGUCAGGCCAACAGGAGAAACGAGCCCUCAACUUUCCGUCCAGGCAAAAAGAAACCUGCUGAACCUUUUUUCACCGAGCCCGGCAAGAAUGCUCUCAUCAUCACUGGAGGCUGGCUGAACGAGAUUCUGUAUGAAAAGAAGAAGAAACGCCGACGUCUGCGCCUCCGUCGUCUAGGAAAGCGACCACAGCCCACCACCCCUCAGGACGGACAGCCUAUGAACGACUGGGAGAAAGAGAUGAGACAGAUCGACUUUGUGAACAUGGCCUGUGAGUGCGAAGCAGUCAUCUGCUGUCGCGUCACACCGAAGCAGAAGGCCAACGUGGUGAGCCUGGUGAAGAAGUACAAGAAGGCCGUGACACUGUCCAUCGGAGACGGAGCCAACGACGUAAACAUGAUCAAGACUGCAGACAUCGGUGUAGGUAUCAGCGGUCAGGAGGGGAUGCAGGCCGUCAUGUCCAGCGACUACGCCUUUGCUCAGUUCUGUUACCUGCAGCGCCUCCUGCUGGUGCACGGACGCUGGUCUUACAUCCGGAUGUGCAAGUUCCUUCGUUUCUUCUUCUUCAAGAACUUCGCCUUCACUCUGGUUCACUUCUGGUACUCCUUCUUCAGCGGAUACUCCUCACAGGUUGCCUACGAAGACUGGUUCAUCACUCUCUACAAUCUCUGUUACAGCAGCUUACCUGUUCUACUUGUUGGACUUCUUGACCAGGAUGUUAAUGACAAACUGAGCCUGAAAUUCCCGAAGCUCUACCUGCCCGGCCAGCAAGGGACGUUGUUUAACUACAGGAACUUCUUCAUCAGUCUGUUCCACGGCAUCUUCGUCUCGCUCAUCAUCUUCUUCAUCCCUUACGGUGCCUUCCUGCAGACCAUGGGGCAGGAUGGAGAAGCUCCCUCCGACUACCAGUCCUUUGCCGUUGUCACCGCCUCGUCGCUGAUUUUUACCGUCAACCUGCAGAUCUCUCUGGACACCUCCUACUGGACCUUUGUCAACUGUUUCGCAGUUCUGGGCAGCAUAGCCAUUUACUUUGGCAUCAUGUUUGACAUCCACAGUGCUGGGAUUCACGUCCUCUUCCCUUCAGCGUUCACCUUCACUGGUGUAGCAUCAAAUGCUCUGCGUCAGCCUUACCUGUGGUUAACCAUCAUCCUGACUGUGGGCAUUAGCCUGCUGCCUGUCAUCUGCAUCCAGUUCCUCCAUAAAACCAUCUGGCCCUCUGUAGGAGACAAGGUCCAGAGAAACAGGAAGAAGUACGAGAUGGAGGAGGAGGAGAAGAAAAAGCCGUCGGCCUUCCAGCGUGGCCAGCGUUCCCGCCGCUCCGCCUAUGCCUUCUCUCACUCCCGUGGCUACGCCGACCUCAUCUCGUCUGGCCGAAGCAUUCGGCGGCGCCCACCAGCCCGUGGUGGACCCCAGGACAGCAUCAGGGAGGUUCCCCAGAGAGAGGCCGAAAACAUCUGAAGAGCAGGAGAUGGACCAAAACUGUAGCCAGAGUGGUUGUAAAUAUUUUGGGAAGUGCACAGAGCACAUAGUUUAUCUUCAUUUUUGUCUGCGGAGUUGACAUCACAUCAGGAGCUCUGCUCCGAAACGACAGCCUGGUCGGAGUUUAAGUAGACCUUUUCCUUUGGAGGAUUUGAGGAAAGAACAAGGAACUUAUUUACCACCAGUGUCUCAACCUGAUGUGCAGACAGUGACCUUGACUCCACCACCUCUAAAUCCUCUUCUAUGCACAAGAAGAAAAAAAAGCUCACCGAAAGAGACGACCACCGUUACCGGGGUUUGAAGUCAUGCAGUGACUGUGUGACUGACCAAUGUUGUUUAACUCAGGAUUUUUAAAAUCAAAGCCUUAUUUUUAACCUGUCUAUCCCGGCUCAUCAUUACUGUGGCUGCACAGGGAGACAUCAUAUGGUUUAAUAUGAUUCUUUUUGACAUUCACAGUUUUAGCCCGAUGUCUUUAGCACUUGAUAUUCCAGUUAAUUUGUCCUGUUAGCUCAAUGAAGUCAAACUGCAACAUCAAAUUAGUUUAAUUUCAUUUCCGUGCAUUGAGAUGUAAACCCAAAUCCUUCACCUUAAAAACAACGGGCUAAGGCUAAAAAUGUCAAAGUAUCUUCUUUUUUAAUGUUUUAUUAUAAAUAAUAAUGGGAUGUUAUUAUGCCAGGCUAUGCAAGGUGGUCAGGUGUUAUAAAGUGUGUCUUAAUUUAAAGAGUAAGUUGUGAAUACUGAUCUUUUUUCCUCCACUGUAUAAAACAUCCUUAAGUGUCCUUACAGGUGGGUGUUGUAACCACUAAUUUGAGUGACGUUAGCCUUUAAAUCUUUAAACAUACCUCUGUCAAAGCUGGAUCCUAAUGUUACUUGUUCUAUACACCAAAUUUAUUUUUAUUUUCCUAAGGUGCCGUAAACAAACUGUCGGGAAGGAGCUCUAGUUUGUCAUCCCCCAACAGCAGUGUCUGAAUGUCUUUACAAUUUCUUUCCAGAAUUUAACUUUAAGUGCUCCUUAGUUCAUCCUCUUAUCUCCUCAGAUGUUAAAUCAUGUUUCUUAAGUAUGUUUGUUUGUGACUGGUUGUUUACAAUGAACCCAAAGAAGACUUCUGUGUUGUUUUCAGUUCUAUAAUCUGAUUUAGGAUGUGUGCUACACAUUGCAAAGCCAAAAACUGACAUAAACCUGUUCUGACUGUUACUGUAUCCCCUUCAUGCUAGUGUUACUGUAUGCUGAUGAUGUCUUUUUAUUACUGAAUGAAUGGAGGCAGAAGGUCAUGACAGCUGUUGACUGCACCAGCAGCAGUUUGGUCUCUGUCAUAUGACGGUAUUUUAUCAUGUGGUUGUUAAUAAAAGCCAAUGGCACAUUUAGCAAUCUGAAA